AGAACCACAGAGGUAGAAACAGAGCUCAAGAAAUCCGGUGAGAGAGAGAGAGCGAGAAAAAGCGCGGGAUAUAUACAUUGACAGGCUGAGGAGAGCUGAGAUUGCAUGCAGCAGGCACCACCUGAGUAGCAGCAGCAGCAGCAACAUUAGCAUUCUCACACUGAUCAUCCAGGCAGGCGUUCUCUUAUCUGUCCUCGAGGAAGGAGCAUGGCAGCCCAGCCUGUGUAGGACAGACGACAGGGCUGGGGCUGGAGCUGCCGGAGCUGGGGCUGGGGGGGAGUGAGGCAUGAGAAGCAGGGGAAGAGGAGCAGCAUCCGGCCGCCCAGCUCACACUGGCAGGCAGCCUCAGCGCCUGCAGCCUGAGCAGCUAGACGAGGCUAGAGGAGACUGGAGGGAGGACAGGCAGCUGCUGAGAUUAUCCACCGGUUCCAUGGCUCAUGUGGACAUCGCAGCAGCAGCAGCAAAGGUAGAACUAGCUGUCGCUGCAGUGUUAGGGAUAGCCUUAACAGCAAAGGUAUUGGCAGUCACACCUAAGGUAUCCCUAACAUAGGUAGCUUUAUUAACAGCAAAGGUAGACAUACCUGUGGAGGUCUUUUGCAGGGAUAGCAGUCCGGGUACCUGUAGUCGUAGCAGGGAUACGUAACAGUGGCUUAGGACACUGAAUGACCGGUGUGGCUGAUGAAGGCCACCUGGAUUAGGCUGCUGAAAAGAGCCAAGGGAGGUCGCAACAAGAGCUCCGACGACUGUGGUUCGGCGGACUCCUACACCAGCCGUCCAUCAGACUCCGAUGUGUCCUUGGAGGAGGAUAAGGAGGCCGUGCGACGAGAGGCAGAGCGGCAGGCUCAGGCACAGCUGGAGAAGGCCAAGACUAAACCGGUUGCAUUUGCUGUCCGCACAAAUGUCAACUACUGCGCCACCAACGAUGACGACGUCCCCGUGCCGGGCAUGGCCAUCUCCUUUGAGGCUAAAGACUUCCUCCACGUCAAAGAGAAAUUUAAUAACGACUGGUGGAUAGGGCGCCUGGUGAAGGAAGGCUGUGAAAUCGGUUUCAUCCCCAGUCCUGUGAAGAUUGAGAACACUCGGGUACAACACGAGCACAGAGCCAAACAGGGCAAGUUCCAUUCCGGUAAAUCGGGAGCAAACUCCUCCACCAGUUUAGGUGAAGUGGUUCCUAACUCGCGGAAAUCCACCCCACCUUCCUCUGCCGUUGACAUAGAUGCCACAGGCUUAGACCCCGAGGACAAUGACCUUCCAGUCCACCUCCGCUCCCCUAAAGCCAGUCAGCCAAACACUGUCAUGUCACCCACCCUAGCCAAAGAGAAACGAAUGCCCUUCUUUAAGAAGACGGAACACAUCCCUCCAUACGACGUUGUGCCUUCCAUGCGACCUGUGGUCCUGGUUGGACCGUCACUGAAGGGCUAUGAGGUGACAGAUAUGAUGCAAAAAGCACUGUUUGACUUUUUGAAACACCGAUUUGAAGGGAGAAUAUCAAUCACUCGUGUCACGGCAGACAUCUCUCUUGCCAAACGCUCCGUCCUCAACAACCCUAGUAAACACGCCAUCAUCGAGCGCUCCAACACACGCUCCAACCUUGUAGCAGAAGUGCAAAGUGAGAUAGAGCGUAUCUUUGAGCUGGCCCGGACCUUGCAGCUGGUGGUUCUGGACGCAGACACCAUCAACCACCCGGCCCAACUGGGAAAGACCUCCCUGGCCCCUAUCAUCGUCUACGUCAAAAUCUCCUCUCCUAAGGUUCUGCAGAGGCUCAUCAAGUCCAGAGGGAAGUCCCAGGCCAAGCACCUCAACGUCCAGAUGGUCGCUGCAGACAAACUGGCCCAGUGCCCUCCCGAGAUGUUUGACAUCAUCCUGGAUGAAAACCAACUGGAGGAUGCGUGUGAGCACAUGGCUGAUUACCUGGAGGCCUACUGGAAGAGCACCCACCCCGCCAGCUGCAACCCCCCCAAUCCGCUGCUGGCCAAGGUGGCCACGGCCGCCCUGCCCUCCAGCCCCGCUCCUGUCUCCAGCAUGCAGGGCAGCGGGGCAGAGCAGAAAGCAGAGGACAAGGCAGGACAAGGUGUGGAGAGGAAGGGCUCCAGGGAGGACCACCACCAUCACCACCACCACAGCCAGCAUCAGAGCCAGGAGCAGCCAGACGGGGAGAGGGAGGAGGAGGAGGAGGAGGAGGAGAGGCCCCUGAGGACAGAGUCUUCCAGGAGACCCCAGCACAUCCACCACCGCUCCUCCUCCCAGCGGACUGAGCAGCACCACAACAACCACCACCACCAUCAUCAUACUGGUGGCGGUGGUAGCCGGGGCAAGGGCCUCUCCCGGGGGGAGACACAGGACUCAGAGACCCCCGAGAGCCGGGAGAGCAGAGAAAGCAGAGACUCAGCCUACAUAGAGCCCCGCACUCACCUCCUGCACCAGGAGGAAGAGGAAGAAGAGUUUGGAGAGGAGGAGUAUGAGGAGGAGGGGCUGGGAGAGGAGGGGCACCCUCAGCAGGGGCGCUACGAGGCUCCGCCUCACCCCAGGGACCACAACCACCAUCACCACCACCACCAUCACCGUGGCGGCACUGGCGAGGAGGCGGACCACGGUACGACAGGACACCACCGCUCCAAGGAGCGCAACGAGCAGGACCACAACGAGCGCAACAAGCCGCGCGGUCACCAGCACCACCAACGACCGGCCCGCGACCACCACCAGUACUAUGACCGGGACAGGGACAGGGACAGGGAAGGGGAGGUGGCCCCCAAAAAGAGGGGCGACACAGGGGACUGGGCCAGAGACCCCUAUAUUCACCAGUGACAGCCCAGCCCCUAGACCCUAGACCUAGACCCCCUCACACACUGAGACAGUGGUACUGUAGGACUCACCCCCCUCUUUCCCAAACCAUUCUGUUGUCCCAUCUUGCUGCUAUACUCUUAAGCCCCUGCAUCCCCCGUUUAUGUACGCUUCCUUUGUAAAGCCUGCUGCAUCCUUAGCAACGGCAGUAUUUUGAUCAUAUAUAGAUAUAGAUAUAUAAAUGUGUGUAUCAAUACAUAGACGUUGUCGUUUAUGUGUGGAUAUGCAUGGAUCUUCUCAAAUAUGCAUAUUUUAAACCUGUGUUUGAUAAAGCAUGACACAACAGCAGAAUUCUCUUCUGUACUGUGCUCUCUGUGAUUAGCGUUUUUAAAUUGUAUUUCUAUAUUUUUUUCUUUUUUCUUACUGCCACUUGAAUAAUUUGUUAAUUCAGACUACUGUUAGCAGUGACUGACUGAGAAGUGGGAAACCAGGUAAGGUUAAAUGCUAAAUAUUUGCAAUUGUUUUAUUUUUGUUAAAUUCAAAUGUUCCUGUUUUCUUUCUUUUUCCCCCUUUUUCCCCUGCUAAUUCUUGGUGUUUGGUCCACUGACAUUGGUUCCUCUGGUGUCGAUGCUGCCUCUCCAUUGGGGCACACCUUAGUCUUGCCUUACAAGACAAAAGAAUAGUGACAUGACUUACUGUCUUACAUUACAGUACUGUUGUUCUAUUUAUAAAGGGUCCAGAAACAUUUUAUAACAUUGAUACACACUCUGUUCAGCACUUUUAGCACAGCAUACUGUAGACUGAUUCACAUUGUUGGUGUCAGGUGUACAACGAUUUGAUAUUUUAGGGUACAGUUAUCGGGUCAAACCAAUCCACUCACACACUAGGGGACUUUUAUCUAUGAUGAUAUGUCUUUUUAAGUUGGACCCUUUGCAGUUCCAUGCACUUAGUACAGUCCAAUUAGCUAUGAAUGUGCAUUAUGAGGUAUUGUGAGAAAUUUGCCAAUUGUCCACUUUUUCUUUUGAAAAUCAAUCACAACCACUGAAUGAUAUCAACUGGAUGAUAAAGGUAAGCCUUUCUGCUAAGCUACGGUGCUCAAGAGAAGUCGUAAGCCCCAAGUUAUAAUCAGAGCCAUAUAUUUAGAGACGUUUUCUCUCUAAAAAAUAUUUAUUUUUUAAAUAUAUGGCUCUGGUUAUAACCUAGCACAGUUGAGGUUAGGGCCAACUCCUAACUUAGUUCAGGCUGCCCUCUGUAAGGUAAGGGAGUUUAGGGUAUGUGCCCCAAAUUGCACCCUAUUCCCUAUAUAGUGCACUACUUUUGACCAGGGAUGCACUGUGUAUGAAAUGGCGUGCCAUUUGGGAUGCACCCCUAGGGUAUUCUGUCCCUCUGUUUACAUUACCACCAACCAACCAGUCCCCUAGAACAAGUCUUAGUUUAUUAAUUUUAUUUUUGCCUCAAAUAUUAUGAUUAUAAUGUACAAUCCAUUUAUAUGCUACUGUAGUAACACUACACAUUUUUAAGAGUGUACAUUUGUAUGUACAUAUGUAUAAAUACAAAAAAUAAACUUGGCAACAAAGGAUUUAUGUAGAGGACAAGAAAA